GAGCUACCCUUCUUAAGUUGGAUCCUCCAAAAUCAGAGAAUCCAAAUUCAACAACUGGGGUUCUGAUUUUUACUUCUUCCUACUAUAACUCCCAGUCAACCCCAUUUGUUUUUCUCCACAAAUUCUCAGAUCUCACCUUCAAUUUCAUCCUUUCAGGUUGAUUUUUUGUGUGGAGAUAUAUCGUGUGAUUUGCUUGUAGAAGUUUGUUUUAAUGGCGUCGAAGAGAAUUUUGAAGGAGCUUAAGGAUCUGCAGAAGGAUCCACCUACUUCAUGCAGUGCAGGGCCAGUUGGUGAAGACAUGUUCCAUUGGCAAGCAACAAUAAUGGGGCCUACUGAGAGCCCAUAUGCUGGAGGUGUAUUUCUUGUUUCUAUUCAUUUUCCUCCAGAUUAUCCAUUCAAGCCUCCUAAGGUUGCAUUCAAGACAAAGGUCUUCCAUCCCAACAUCAACAGUAAUGGAAGCAUAUGUCUCGAUAUCCUUAAAGAACAAUGGAGCCCGGCACUUACUAUUUCCAAGGUUCUUCUGUCAAUUUGUUCACUCUUGACUGAUCCAAACCCAGAUGAUCCCCUUGUCCCUGAGAUUGCUCAUAUGUACAAGACAGAUCGGUCAAAGUAUGAAUCCUCUGCUCGCAGUUGGACUCAGAAAUACGCGAUGGGGUGAUUGUGCCGUAACAGAAGCUAUCUCUAUCCCUUUUGUGAAUCAUUUCCAAGCCUGAAUGAAUAUGGGGGUGAAAAGCAUUUGGGAGUUCAGUGUUUGUGAAUACUAUAAAAGAUUUAUUACAUUAUGAGCAACUUACCUAGUUGCCUCCGUGAGAUAUGUGUAAUGUGUUCAAUCAUUUUAAUGUUAUGUCGAAAGAUGUUUAUGGUUUA